AUGAUUCGACCGUAUUCGCGUUCCAGCCAAGGAGAAAAUGGGCGGAGACGUCAUGAAAUGGACUUUUAUCGAUGGUAUUUGAGUAGAGCCGCGGUCUGUUUCUUACUUCACUCGGAGAAAAAUGUUUGAUUUUUAAAAAGAAUUUUAUUUUUUUAAUUUUUCGUUUUGUAAUUUAAGGUAAAGCUUUAAAUGCGAGUUCUCGGUAUAUAAAUAUUUUUUUCUUCAUAUAUUCGAGUUGUUAUUUCAGAAAAAAAGAUUGGUAAUUAGUUAUAAUUUUUUUAACAAUUAUGUCGAAAAAUUAUUUAAAAAAAUGACUUCUACAUUUUUUUCAUGGAAUUGAAUGAAGUUUUUUUCACUAAUUUGGGUCUCAAAAGUUUCUUUCAGAUAUAUGAAUAACUCUGGCAAAGUAUUACCUUUUGAAAAAUUAUUUCCAAGAAGUACGUUUUAAUGGUUUCAAAAUGAUCUUCGAAGAAAAAAUGGCUCUAACUUAUUUUUUUUUGUGUUUUUAGAUGGUCACCGGCGGCAAAUAUAUCAUUCUUUUUCUCUAUUUUCUCCGAUCUUUCCAAAUCCAAUUGGGAAUUCCGCUGUACUGCGGCGCUGCGUUGAGCCGAUUCCCUUGCGAGUUUGUUUUUACUUUUGAAAUUUUUUUAAAGGCGCUUAGACAAGUUUCUUAAAGCUACCGAAGCGAACAUUUUUUUGAAGAAAUCUGUUUGAAGAAAUUUUUCAGCUUUGUAAUAUAUAUAUUUUUGGCUUUUUUUAAAGAGCAUAGGUGAAUUUCUUGAGGUUAUCGGAAGGUUAACAAACUUUUUAUAGUUUUUAAAGGUGCAGAGUCUUUCCUCGUUCUGAAACAACACUAAAAUUGGAUCUUAGUAUUGAGACCUUUAGGAAUUUUCGGUUUUCUCCUUUAAAUAGCUCAAAAAUAUUCGGAAUUUUUCAAUAAAUUUUGCUCAGAGCCUCGAGAUGUCUCUGGCUCCACGAAAUGCUCGUCCGAAUGCCCGAUUUUCUGAUCGGCGACAAGGUUCCCUACACUUUCUGCCACUGUAUUCUGGUCUUCUGCAUGACGAGGUUUUUUCUUCCAAAAACAAAAGAAAACGAUAAUUUAUAGUGUAGUCAUGUUCCUCUAUGCAAUGUACCUGUCGAUGUGUGCAGAUGGCUGGACCAGUCACUAUCUUCUCAAAAUGAUUUUGAUCCUUCCGAGUAUCGUUUUUGAGGUGUCUUUUUGUUCUAUGAGGGGCGAAAAAGUUUAAAAUUAAUUGCGAAAAAACAUUUUUGCACAUUUUAGCUGAAAAUUUAAUUUUUCGAAGCGGAUAUUUUUUCCAGAUUUUUUGAAGUAUUUGAAACGAUUUUUUCGAUUUAGCUUUGAAAUUUGAAACAUUUUAACUUUUAAGUAUUUUUUUUUGGAUGCUUUUAUAUUGUAUAAUGUGUCAAAAUUCAAAAAAAAGAAAAAAAUGUCCUUUUUACAAUUUUGGUUCAAAAUCAACUCCUCGUUUCAUUUUUUUGGAAGUCUUUUUAUUCUUCCAUGGGUGACAUAAUUUGAAGAGGACUUUCCAAAAAUUAAAACAAGAAAAGAGCAAAAAUCUCGAAAAAUUUCUACAAAAAAAGCUCAAUUUUUUUGGUCCAGAUAGUCAAUUUUUCGACAGUUUCGAGAUUAUAAUAAUUAAAAUGCGAAAAAUAGUUUAUAAAUUAGAAACCGUUUGAAGAAAGUCUUUCGAUAAAUUCAUGGAAAGGUCCAUUAAGUUUUGAGGGAAUUUUGACAUUUUUCAGUAAGUUGGAAAAAAAGCCAUUCUUUUGAACUAUUAAAUAUUGAGUCGGAAAAAUUUCAAAAUUAACUAUUUUUCCCUUUUUUUAUUAAUAAAAAAAGCGAUUUUUCAAAGUUUUGAUGAUUCAGUGUGAUGUAUCAGCAUCAAACAACCGCUUAUUUGCUAAUAGUCUCCAAAUUUAUUUUUAAAAUUCAUUAAAAAUCUCAAUUCUUCUUUGUAAUUAUUCAUGAUUCAAUUUUUAAAGUUUUUUUCAAUAUGGUUCUACGACAAGACAUUUUUUUCUUUUUCCCCAGGUUUACUGUAUGUAAGUUCCGCAUCCGGCGUGUGCACUAUAUGUGUUAGCACAUUCUGAGUGUACCGUCUCCGCGUUUUCAUCAUUUUUAUUUUAAAAGUUUUAGUUUUGUUUCAUUUUUGAACAGUUAGUGUAGUUAAACUGUUUCCGAUAGUUGUAGUACUUCUCCAAUCGCUGUUGGUGUGGCAGAACACGUUUUUUUUUUUUAGAAUUGGCUUAAUUUGUCUGCUAUUUUUUCAGCUUGGACUGAGCAUUUUUUCUUUCUACGCCAUUAUCCGCAAUUACACGGGCCAAUGGAACGUUCAUCACGAAACGCUUUUUUUUAUUCUUUGCGCCGUUUUCGCCGUCACCUUGUGCCUUUUCACUGCUUUUUUGGUUUGUUCGGAGAACGAAAAUCACGAAAAAAGAAUAUUAUUACACAGAUCAUUGUCUAUUUUAUGACCGUCUUCUACAUUGUCGACAAAAAAGGCCAACUUCGUAGGAAUUGGGCCGAAACUUCGUAUUCCAUCGCCCGCCACCCGCCCUACGAUGGAAUCUUGAGAAACUCGCCUUUUAAGGUCAAUUUUGACGGAAAAAGUAUGAAAAGGGUAUUUUUUGUUAAUUCGAAGUCAUUUCAUCUAAUUUUUUUGAAUUUAAAAAUAAUAAACGAUUCUUUGAAUGUGAGAAAAAAUCGCCUUCGAUGAUAAUAUUCGAAGGAGAAAUAAAAUAAGGAUUGAAAAUGAUUUUUCUCGGUUUUCAUGUCAUUUUAUCUAAUUCCCGAUAAAAAAAGAGGAAAAAAAUUUUCUUUUGAGUUUUGAAAAUCGCAUUUUAAUGUCAAAAUUCGACGGAAAAUAACUUUCACAAGAUAUUCUUUUGCAAAUUGGAAGUCAUUCCAUUAUUGCAUUGGCUAAUUUCAAAAAAACAAUUUUUUUGAGCGACUAUAAAAAAACCUGGAAAAAAAUAAGAAAUAUUUAUUUUUUUCUUUCUUGCUGUUCCUUAGAAGCGUUUCAUUUGAUAAAAAGCUUCUUUUAAGCUGUAAAAUUCAAAAUGUGUCUUUUAUUUCAAUCCCGAAACCCAGAGAAAGUUUCGGAAUGAAGCCUAAAAAAAUGACUUUUUUUGAGAUCGAUCCUCAAGUUCCACUCCUCUCUACUACGGAAAGUCAUGCCGCUGGGCACACGGGUUUUUCGAAGGACCCGAAAAUUUAAUUAUUAUUGUUCGAAUUGAUAGAUGAAGCCUACAACCGUCUCUGCAACGCGAUGCGGAGAAACGGCUCUUCUUCGGAUGGAAGUGUUCAGCGACCGACUCCGCAGCGAAGGAAUCAGGGUACGAGUUUGUGAAUUAAUUAUCAAACUGAACUUCAAAAUUUCGAAAAAAAAAACUGACCGGAAAAGCUUUUUUUUUUUGGUUUUUUCUCCGAAAAACGUUUUUGAAAAGUAAAAAGUGGUGGAACAUACUUAUAUCCUGAUUCUUAGAAAAGUGAGUCACUUUAGAAAUCAGAUUUCGAAAUAUUAAAAUACCUGCUCCAGCAAAAUUUCGAAAAAAAGUUCCCGUUAAUCUCGGGCUUCUCCGGUAAGCUGUGUGUGUUAGGUUAUAAACAAAAGUCCGAGCUCGGAAAUUUUCAAUUAACUUAUAUCAGGCAAUAUUAUUGAGUUUUAUAGGAAACUCCUCUUUUUUGGGAAAGUGUGUGCUUCUGUUUUUAGCCAAAGCAAGGCCAAUUUCUUGAAGGAUUAACGGUUUUCUCACGUGAAAGAACCAUCUAUGAAUAAAUUCUAGCAUAUAUUCCCAUACAAAUUCUUCUGAAUCAAUCUUUUUUAUCAGCCCCAAACCGUGCCUUCUCGAGUGGGGACGUCCUCUCUGUCACUGGCGCUUCCGGACGUUUCCUGAUGGACGGAAGUUCGACCAGCGACUACGGUCAGCUGCAGACGUUCAGCAACACGACUCCUGUCAGGCCUGCGGUUCGUUUCAAGGGAGUAUGAAGAAAAAAGCCGCGUGAAAAAUAACCCGUUAAGUUUGAGAAAAAAAAAAGCCGGCGAGAAAUGAGCGUCUAAAAUUUAGCCAUAGUCGGCAGAAUUGGCUUGGAAAGGCGCCCAUGGUUGCUCGGAAUUGGGCCUGCCGCGAAAAAUAAAUUGCAAAAAAGAAAAAUAAAUUGCAAAAAUUUCGAGUCGGGAAAAAAAAUGGAUUCCUACAACGAGAUGGCGACUUUUACGCGUGAAAUUAAAUCGAUGGCUUUGAAUUACACAUUACUUCCAAAAUUUUGACGUUCGGAGCCUAAAAGUCUCUGUAGGACCCGAUUUAUUUUUCAGCGAUUUCUUUCGAAAUGCCAGUUUUGUGUAUUUCUAGCCAUUCCGCGCCAGCUUUUUUAGUUUGGUUUAUGCUUAAAAAAAAGAGCGUAUACCAAGUUAGAUCAAAUUUUGCCGAACAAGAUAUAUAUUUUUUUUGUUUUUUGUUUUUUGCAGGUUUGAAGAGGAAAAGCGAAAAAAGAGAUUUUUUUCGGUCACUUUUUUUCUGCUAUUUUAUUUUAUUUUAUUUUUUUGAAAAACGCAGCGUUAAAAAUCAUUUUGAACGACGAAGACAUCAAUUUUGAAUGGCCAAACUCGCUUUGAAAAUUGCAUUAAUAAAUUUUUGUUUUUUUCAGAGGAGCAUCAAAAGAAUCAACCCUCAGAAUCGCCUCAGGGCUCCAUACGUCGGGGUUAAUGGGGGCGGCAGCGAACAAAACAGCGAUUCGGCUUAUUUGGAAGUCGUCUAA